AUGGAUUCAGAGGACAUGGGCUCAGGUAAACUCGGCCAAAUACCGAAGCAGAUAUGGAGACAAAUGGUGCUAAGGCCGGCCCUCCUGGGUGAUGACCCUUGUGAAGGGUCUGGUGGUGCGACUUGCAUGGUCACAGUGGUCUUUCUGGGUCAAGACCUCAGUGGGGCCCUUCACCAGCUGUUGGAGCCUACUGCAGGCACUGUGCUGGCAGAAAUUUCUACUUUCAUAGACUGCCUCAUGAAAAUAAAUGAAUAUUUGGGGAGCACUGCUACACUUCUAAAGAAAGAAGAAAAGGAGAUGUGUAAUUUAUGCAGCACGCAUGAUGAAUGUACCCCACGGCGGACAAUGUCCACCAUUCACGAUAUCAAAGCCGCAGGCAUUGCUGCAAGAGGGGAACAAAAUGUCAUAGAAACAGCUACUGUUUCUCCCACAAAUGGAGAGGAAAGUCCUUAUACAAACCAGGUCCAGUUAAAAAAAAAUAAAGCACAUAUGAGUUCAGAAUUAGGGGGAAAAAACAAUACCUUAUUGAAUGGAGAUGUAAGAGAGCAAGGGGAGUCGCAGAACAAAACGUUCCCAGAUAAUGCUGAAAAUGAAGAUGAUAAACAAACAGAACACAUGACUGUUGAGAACACAAAUGGCAACAAGAAAGAGAUGCAUGACAUAAUCCAGACAACAGAAAGAGAAAUUCAAGAGACCUCAGAAAGCAAAGAGAUUACCACAUCCUCAAUAACAUGUGAUAUCUCCAGCAAGAAUCUGAAUAAUCUUCUUUCCAAUGAUUCAGAGAGUCUAAAGCAAAAGAAUAACAUAAUGGAGUAGGAGUAUUUUGAUAUGCUGAGUGAUACCAGCCCCCAGGUGUCUUGUUAUAUUACAGCACCAUCAUAUUUUCUACAACAUCUACAAUGCCAGGUAAUUAAUAGCAUGAGUUCUUUAAUAGUGAGUGAUAGUGAAGAGUUGGUCAGUAAUGUCAUCACUGUUGUCUCAGACAUGGAAAAAAAAAUUCCAUUUCUAAUAUGCAUUGCAAUUCCAUUUACUGCACAUUACAGGUGAAAUUACAGAAACAUCAUGGUGAAAGUGUCUGACAUAAACCUUCAAUCAAGUUACCUAACCCCAAAUUCACUGGAAGGAAUGAGAGGAAGUUAUAAGGGGACCUGGGCUGAAGUCAAAGUGUACAAGCUGGGUGUCUUCUCUGUUGUGUCUUGUUUAAAGAAAGAGUCCUUCAUAGUAACAAAGAAAGGCCUUACUCUUAAGCCAGGCAUGGGUUCCUGAGUGUCCUUAAAUUACCCUCCAGGGGUUUUCGGCUCCCCAGUGCUGGUACAAUUAAAGGUCCAACCAGUUGACCCAUCUUUGGUGACAUAUUUGAAAACACGGCAAGAUACUUCCUACCUGGUAGUAUCCACAAGCCCUCUGAUCCAUGUUAAGCACCCAUCAACACGUCCUUUCCAAAAGCCAGUCACUGUAUUCCUACCUUAUUCUCCACACCCUGAUGAAAAGACUCUUGGAUCUGAGAUAGAUCAUAAAAGAACAGAUGGUGCCACAACAAACAGGAUCAUACCUUUCUACCUCAACCGGACAAAAAGCGCUUCCAUAAGAAAACCUGGGACGAAUGCCUGUGAAUCUUUGAAAUUACUGGGAUUCAGAGGCCAAGACAGUGGUUGGUUUGGGCUGGAUGAUGUGGUCGUGAGAAACAUGCAGAGUGGCUUGAUAUCGUUUGAGUUGUGUGAACAUUUAGAGAGGUUUAUUGUGCUUCAUCUUUCUUCCAAUGUGGAAAACAGCCAUUUGGUUUCUUUCAUGAAAGCUCUGGAGGAAGCCAUGCUCAGCGGCAUUGCCUGUGCUGUUCUUUGCCACCAGAAAGACAAUCCCCGGAGAGUCAUUAUUCUCAGGCCGUCCAAAGAUUUAAACCAGGUGCUUCGGAACCUGCGCUCAGAAACGUUCGGUGGUCCCCAGGAGCCAUCGCGCUCCUUCCAAGUAAAAGGAGACCAACUUCUUUUAAGAUUUACUGGAAAUAACUUUGCUUCAAGCAAUGGGAAGGAUUAUGGAAAAGAUUACAAGCUUAUUUUUCAUUUACAAAGAAAACCCAGGCUGGAACUCCAAAUCAAAGAGGUGGAUGAAUUUGGAAACUAUAGCUGCCCUCAUUAUAAGGGCACCAUUGUAGUUCAUAAAAUACCUAAAUAAAAGGUAGUCCACAACUUGGAUCAAUCUCUUAUACUUGAUGAAAACCACUAUCAGUUGCCAAUUUGCAAAUUACCAUUGAAAUUGCCAAAGCAUAAAAAAUUGAUCAACCAUCCACAGAGUAAAAGAAUUUCUACCGAUCCUGUAGAAGCCCUGUGGGACAACCUGCUGCACUGGCUGGCCGAGGAGCUCUCCAAAGAAAACGCCGCGAGUCUCUCCUUGUCCCUCCCUCUUAGCUGCAGCACCAUUGAGCUCAUCAGACUGAAGAACCCUGGUGAUCUCACAGAACAGAUCCACGAACUUCUUUGCUUCUGGAAAAAAUCACUUCCAAAUUCCACCGACAAAGCUCGCCUUCUGGCUCGUCACCUCCACAAGAUUGGCAGGAGCGAUCUUUCCGAAGAGCUCAAAUUCAAGUGGGGAAAGAAGGUGUUCAUGGAGCCACAGCAGUGGUUUGAUUCAGCAGAGUAA